AUUGCAGGGCUACUUACAACAGGAAUAGGUAGCAUUAGCAUUUUUGAUUGCGUAGAAUGAGCAAAUACUAGAGUGAAGCACGCUACUACAUUCAACUAUAGCAUCAAGCACUAGUUGAGAAAAAAUGUAUCCACACGGUUCAUCGAAUUCCCCCCCCUCGUUUGCCGGGUCAGGUGCGCAUGGUCAACAUGCUUCCCAGCAUGUCGCUCCCCCCGGUGUGGACCCGGAAAGCCUCAUCUCGUUCAGUAACUUGGAAGCAGUGACCCGCUCAAUCAUGGACCAGUUACAACAGGUGCAGCAGGAGGUUGUGCUCGUCAAACAGCAAGUGGGAGAGCAGGACAGCCUGCAGGCAAGGGCUGAAGUAGAUCGGCGAUCCAUGGAAAGCCGGGAACGUGAUUUGGAGCUAUGACUUCAGCUAUGAUUUGAUGAGACUCGCGAUUUGGAGCUAUGACUUCAACGUGAGAAUAAUUCUGAUGAGUCUCGGCUCGCGAGAAGAAAGUUCUUAAUGCUAACUGGAUGAUCAGUUGUAACAAGAGUAAGUAGUAGCACCAAGUGUAGUACACGUGGUAAAAGUCCGGAACCACGUGCAACUAUUACUCCUUUCACCUCAGCAUUUGAAAUUUCUUUAGAAUUAGUUUAGCGGGUGAGAUUCAGGCGAUCAAGUGGCAGCUCUUGUAUGUGCAUGUGGCGGCUCCAAUACACCAGCGCCUCGAGGAUUUGCGGCAAGUCGGCGAAGAACGUGCUGCCACCUUGGCAGCCGUUGGCGCGGAGUUGGAUCAGACAAAAGCACGGUGCUUGGCCCUUGAAAGAAAAGUGGACUUUCUCGAACGCGAGAAAGCAUUACAGGAUAACUUGGUUGACGCACUGGGACGCGAAAUAAAAGAGAAGGUACUUCUUCUGAGGUUAAUCAAAUGUACGGCUUCUGAUGUCUCUUCGUUUGUGUUGUGCAUUUCAUAUCGCAUCAUGGCGGCCCGACCUAGUAGUAGUAGAACGGCUGCUCCUGUUUGUGAAAUUACAAUCAAAGACCAGAGUCGUAUUACCAGAAAGACGAUUAACAACAGGUUGGUAUCGGUGAGUUCGCUGCACUGGAAGCGAAAAAUAUGAGUCUCGCGACGAAGCAGGACCUGCAAGCCGUCAAUCUCACGCUCGUUCAGGACUACACGCGGCGUGAGCAAAGCGAACGAUUACUGCAAUUGCUGCGUAUACAGGAGGAGAAAGCAGAGACUUUCUGCACGAAAAAGAACCUGCACAGCUAUGUUGAUGACGUCGCAGCUGAAAUUCGCGGAAACCUGGACGAUCAUUUCGCUCGAAAAGGACCUACAGAGGAGACCAUCGGGAUGCUGUCUACCAAUCUGCAGGCCCUGGAACGAGAGGUGGAGCGGUUCGAGGAACAUGCAUCAAGUCAGCUCGGCGAAUCAGAGAAGCAGCUGGCCGCGCUAGUUGCGGGAGACUAAGGCUGAGAUUUUGUCACAGUUUGUCACAGAUGUACGUACUUACUGCCACCCAUGUUGAUCUGAGUAAGAUAUGUCUAUGUGUUAGUACAUCGUGAGCAUCAACUUUUUGCGAAAGAAUAGGGACAUUUUGCGAAGGGCCCCUUCCUCCAAAGAAAACCAAUUCUCUUCUAAGAGACGGAGAGCCGAUCCGAGCGGCUGGACAGUUGCGUGCGCGAAGUCGACGAAAUUUCAGCCCGCAUGUUGCUCCUCGCGGAUCGGUCUACUGUAGAUCGUGAUACUGCUGAACUUCGCUUGUCCCUAGAGACUGGAGCACAGCGAACAACAGAUCUUGAGACGCAGAGCAGGACUUACAGUGAAGCUCUGGCUCGAAUCGAUCGAACGCUUCUGGAUUCCAUGUCAAAGUUAUGGGAUAGAUUUAGAUCUCAUGUGGGUCAACCAGUCGGAAUCACUGUGGAGAAUGGAGAAGAUCCUUUUGCCCAGGAUGCUGUAGUCUCUCCAAAACACGUCAUGUCAAAUAACAUACUUCUACACGAAAGAUAAGUCUGACAAGCAAUCUUGGUCUAACUCUCGACGACCUAGCGCAAUUGCAGGCUCGUCUGGAUAAGUGCAUGGACCGAGAGACGGCUACGGCAUCAUUGGUCGACAUGCGGGAGAAGCUCGAUUUUUAUGCUGAGAAGGUAGAACAUUAUCUGAAUACGGAAGCGGAGCGAGUCUUGGGCUACAGAAUUUACGACGCGCAAAUCGAGGAGCUAAAGGAAGUGUUGUGUGAGAAAGCCGAUAAAGUUGACAUGAAUAUCAUGGGGAGUACGAAAGCACCAGUUGGGGACACCAGGAAACUUGGUAUUGAUAAAAUAAAUGCUGCGUGCUCUUUCAUAUGCUCCUGGCCUGAAGAAAAAAUGUUUUUCACGAUUGUGACGUAUCUAUCUCUAUUCAAAUUGUGUUUUUUGCGGCGUGAAGAUGAAGUGAACGAUCCAACAGCAUCGUUGUACUUCGGACCCCCGAGGAUUGCCACCCACUCGGCGGAUCCUAGAGGUGUUUGGUGAUUUUCGAGCAUCAAAAGUGCAACAACAACGACACAAAGGAAAAAGGCGACCCCAGUCCUGUUUCACUAUCAGAAGGAGGGGAGAAGAGGAUCCCAAAGAGAGGGCCGCGGCAAAGCCUCACAGCCCGACACGCUCCCCAGAGACAACCAGAAACACGCGGACAAAUCUGGCCGCGUGGGCACAUGGAAACGCACAGCGAAAGAGAGAGAGAAAAUGGGGGACACCGAAGACAGAGGGGACACCGAGGACACAGGGGACACCGAGGACAGAGGGGACACCGCGGACAGAGGGGACACCGAGGACAGAGGGACAACGAGGACAGAGGGACAACGAGGACAGAGGGACACCGAGGAGAGAGUGAGGGACAACGAGGACAGAGGGGACACCGAGGACAGAGAGAACACCGAGGACAGAGGGCACACCCAGGACAGAGGACAGAGCGAGGGACAACGAGGACAGAGGGGACGCCGAGGACAGAGGGGACGCCGAGGACAGAGGGGACGCCGAGGACAGAGGGGACGCCGAGGACAGAGGGGACACUGAGGACAGAGAGGACACCGAAGACAGAGGGGACAGAGGGACAAAGAGGACAGAGGGACACCGAGGAGAGAGUGAGGGACAACGAGGACAGAGGGGACACCGAGGACAGAGAGGACACCGAGGACAGAGGGCACACCGAGGACAGAGGGCACACCGAGGACAGAGCGAGGGACAACGAGGACAGAGGGGACACCGAGGACAGAGAAGACACCGAAGACAGAGGGGACAGAGGGACAUCGAGGAAAGAGGGGACCAAACCGAGGACAGAGGGGACCAAACCGAGGACAGAGGGGACCACACCGAGGACAGAGGGGACCACACCGAGGACAGAGGGGACCACACCGAGGACAGAGGGGACACCGAGGACAGGGGGACAGCUGGACAUCUCGACAGAGGCUGCCCAGCUGGACACACAGAAGGACAGCUGGACAGAGGAACAGCUCGCUGGACAGAAGGACAGCUGGCCAGAAGGACAGGUGGACAGAAGGACAGCUGGACAGAAGGACAGCUGGGCAGAAGGAUAGUUGGACAGAAGAACAGCCGGGCAGAAGGAUGCUAAAAACCGUUAGGAACGGCUUGUAGAAAUGUAAUCGGUACUGUACUAUUCCGUUCGCUGGGGGUGAAUCCUCGGCGGUCCCUUGUACUUGUUGUUGUUGUUGCUCUCCUCUACCUCUACAAGUUUCCGCAUCGUUGUUCAUCACAGCCGACCAAGCGGAUCUCCUGCAAAGACAGUUGGAAUAUGUGGCUAUUACAACAUGCGGGCUCUCGAAAUUGGCGCUUAUAGAUCCGAAAGCCGGAGAGAAGGCGAAGCAUCGGGCCCAGCAGAAGACGCAGAUCCUCAUCCAAGCGGAAGCUCUCUGGCAUUGGAUUGUUCACAACGAGGCACCCAGUGCCAGUAGUGGUCCGACCAAGGACGGGAAUAGGUCUGCUGGUCCUCCAGGAGCUGUUGACGAUGGGCUUACAACUAACAAAAGUGGACAAAUAGAGCAUGGUGAAGACCGUCGUCGGCAUCAGCAAGGGAGCGGCCGGCAGCAAGGGCAGCAUCUGCAAGGAACAAAUGCGGAAAUGAAAGGGGAGGCGGGAGUAUCAACCCACGGAACGCGCGUUAGCCGCGGGGGCGCAGCGCUUCCGACGUCAGCACGCGGAGAAACGCCUAACGCUAAUUCCUCCAGCAAGGUACUGCUUAUGCGCAAGGCAGCACGCGCGACUUACGUCGGAGGAAAAUAGAGAAAAGAGAACUGAAACUUCGAGAUUUGUACAUAAAAAUGCAUUGGAUAACCAACAACAUUCUAGUUUCCAUUUCACAUAUCUUUGCAACAUUAUGUUACCAUUAGUUGAAGACUGUUAUCUUGCGUUAGUGCUGGUAGACAUAGAUCCCAUCAUAAAGCAUCUAGUUAUCUGAUCGCGACCCAUGUUAGAGAGAUACUGUACAGAUCGUGCUGACCAGGUUAUGUCGUAGCCAUCUUACAGUUUGAUUGCAUUUGCAAUCACCCAGUGCAUCGGGUAUAGAGGUGCACUUUACCGUCACCAAAAAGUUUUCACUUGGUUGUACAGUUCUGAGUAUCUAGUUUGUGGUGGAAUCACACCAGUAUAGAUGCAUCAUGCAAUAAAGACAGCCCCUUUAUCACAAUCAUAUCAUGCGUGCUCGCUGAGUCUAGAAAGGGAAGUCGUCGAGUAGAGAGUAUGCCAAAAAGGUAAUAGGAAACCAAAAAAUUUUUUGCAUUUGUUGACUCUCGUACGUAGAUCUAAAGAAUAAUUGGACAUUGUGCAUCCCGUCGUUUCAACGAAGAACGCAACAGAAUAAAAACAGAGAACGUGAAAAGAUUUCGCGUCGACAUGGUUUGCCUCUACUAAUUCAUCA